AUGGUACGCAUCCGUCGAUAUACCACUUCUGCUGCUAUACACAACGCAGUGGAAAACGUUCUGAAGCUUCUUGAAACGCAUGACCGAUCGCUGUAUGUGUUGGCACAGUACAUCCCCGAACCAGCUCGCCCAGCCUUCCUUGCUACUCGAGCCUUCAACAUCGAAAUCAAUAAAAUAAAUGAUGGUGGGUCAAAUUUGGGCUCGGUGAAGUCACAGGCGUCAUCAGCAAUGCUGAGGCAGAUGGGAGCUCUGAUUCUGGACUUGAAAUUUAAGUUUUGGUCUGACACCCUUCACAAAGUGUUCGCUGGGGGCGAUGCUCCCGCGGAGCCAAUUGCAUUGCUUUUGAGGGAUAGCUUAGAAAAUGAUAUCAAUUUGAACAUCGAUCAUUUUCUUAGAUUCCUUCAAACUCGCAAGCAAUUCUUGAAGGGAUCUACUUUUUCUACCACAAACGACAUUUGUGCCUAUGGUGAGGGUACUUACUCGCAACUCAAUUAUGAAGUACAAGCGGCGUUACUAUCCCCACUGAUCUCACCAUCGGUGAUCAAGUUACUUCAGCGACUGAUGGAACUACAAGGGCUAGUACUGGAUAUUGCGGCUCAUAUCGGUCAGGCCACAGCAGUUUCCCUGAUGAUUUUAGGGAUGCAGUAUUAUGCUCAAUCACAAAACCGGGUGACACUCCCCAUUGACUUGAUGACCAAGAAUGAUCUCUCCCAGGAGCAUUUACUCAGAUUGGCACAAGGUCAUAUCUCGAACACAUCGGAACAGGAAGAGAUUCGCAGUAAGCUCAAAAACGUGGUUUUUGAAACAGCGGUAACUGCGAACGAUCAUAUCCUUUCAGCCAGAAGCAAGCUUGACACGAUAAAGCGGGAAGUCGAGAGGAUCACAAACGAAUCAGAUGAAAAGCUUAUCCGCACUCAAUCAAAAAAAUGGAAGGGUGGAAUUCCUGACGUUAUAUUUACCCCAUAUAUGGUAGCCAUCCCAACGGUUCUUUAUCUUGAAAAGUUGCAAAAGCUUGACUUUGACGUUUUCGCCAAGAAGAUGCAACAAAAGGAAUGGAAGUUGGGUUACAAAUCGUUUCGCUCCUACUACUCGAGGCUGAUCUAG